AGUGAUGCUGCCGUGUUCGCGCUGCGCCGCUCAGGCCCCUCCAUGGGAAUCCCCUCCGUCCCCCUCGCGGAGGUGGAGGAGAAGGAGGGCCCCCUUCCCUUCACUCCCUCGCUUCCGCCGCCGCCAUGGAGCAGUCGCCAUCGCAGUGGGCAGCGCAUCAGCCGGCCACGCUGCAGCCGCAGCGGCCUUUUGUCGGGGAUGCAGCCGCUCCCGCAUUGACGCUUCAGCAGCAGCAAGAGCAGUUGAUGUGGCAGCAGCAAGUCCAGCAGCAGCAGCAGCAGCACCUCCAGCAGCAGCAGCAGCACCUGCUGCAGGAGCCGCCAGGUGAGGUCUUGCAGCCCACGCUGCAGAUGCAGCCGCACAUUGUUGGGGAUGCGACCGCCCCCACAGUGGCGUUUCAGCAGCAGCAGCAGCAGCUGCAGCAGCAGCAUCAGCAGCAGCAGCAGCAGCAGCAUCAGCAGCAGCAGCAGCAGCAGGAGCAGCUGCCCCUGGAGCAGCAAUACCAGCAGCAGCUUCAGCAGCAUCAGUUCCAGCAGGAUGUGUACCAGCAGCAGGCGGUGCAUCAGCCGCUGCCGCAGCAGUUUCAGCAGCCGCCACAGCAGCCCGCACUGGAAGCGGUGCACCAGCCUGCGCCGCAUCACUCACAGCAGAUGGGGCAGCAGCAAUGGCACCAGCAGCCGCAGCCUGGGCAGCAUGCCGACUUCCAGCCGACGCCGCAGCAGCUGCCGCAGGCCGUGCAUCAGCCGACGAUGCAGCCGCGCAGCGCCCCCUCGCCGACCCAGGCCGCGGCACUGAUCCAGCGGUGGUACCGCGGCAGGCUGCGCAGGGCACGAUUCCUGACCGUGAUCAACCGGGCCAGGAGGCGGCGGUCUUAUUUGGACCAGCGGCGCAAGGUGGCGCAGCGGCUCUACUUCAAUGAGGUCGA